AUGGUAUCAACAACUGUCAUUACUGCGAUUGCAUCUCUUGUGACGGGGUAUAUUAUUGGAAAAUACAAUGCUCAAAAUAGAUUGAAAGACACCACGAAGGCGUCUAAGCAGACUGAAACAAAAGACGAGAAUGAUGACGAAGAACUUGACGAACUGCCUGAAGACGGAAAGAUCGAUCUGAAGAAAUACGAUAAUUUCAAGCUUACACUUGUUGUUCGGACUGACUUGGGAAUGACAAAAGGAAAAAUUGCUGCACAGUGUGGGCAUGCAACCCUUGCUUGUUACAAAGCUGCAAAGAGAGUUAAUCCGAUGCUUUUAAGGAAUUGGGAAAUGUCAGGGCAGGCCAAAGUUGCUUUAAAAUGUGAUAGUGAAGAGAAACUCCUUGAAAUGCAAGCUGUUGCACUUAGCCUCGGUCUGCCUGCACAAACUAUUCAAGACGCUGGUCGUACACAGAUUGCGCCUGGUUCACGUACUGUUCUUGGUGUUGGUCCAGGUAAUAAAACUGAUCAUAUUGGUUUCGUUUCCUUUGCGGAAAACUAA